GCUUGAACGAAAAGGCACUGGUACUUGCGACGUGGCAUGCGCAUAAAUACAGAAUAUAGUUUAAUACGAGGCAAUCAUGGCGGACGCAAAGUCUUGUGGAAGAUCCGUCACAAAGAAAACGUCUAUGUGGCUACUGUCAUGUUUGAUCUUUUGGCUCAAUAUUUCGCCCACCUGGCCCUUUUAUUUGCCUGGAAUUGCUCCGAUUGACUACGAAAAAGGCGAAAAACUAGAAGUCAAGGCUGUAAAAAUGACAAGCAUCAAGACACAGCUUCCCUUUGAGUACUACUCUAUUCCCAUCUGUAAGCCUGACAAUUUACAGUACAAGCCAGAAAACCUUGGGGAAGUACUUCGCGGUGACAGGAUUGUAAAUACUUUAUAUGAGAUAAGAAUGGCACAAAACAAAGGUUGCACUUUACUCUGCAAGCAAACAACUGUGAAUGCAGAGCAAUCUACGAAACUUUCCAAGCUGAUAUCAGAUGAAUACCAUGUUCACAUGGUUAUUGAUAAUCUACCUGUGGCAACAAAAUUUGUUCUUGAGACUGGCCAGGUGCAGUAUGAUCAUGGAUUUAAACUUGGAUUUACCAGAGAGAAGGAGACUUACCUUAAUAAUCAUUUGAUGAUGGUCCUCAAAUAUCAUACUUAUGACAACGCCACAUUCCGUGUUGUUGGAUUUGAAGUACAUACAAAAAGUGUGGCAACAGAUGCUAUAGCUGUGGAAGCAAACAGUAAUAAAUGUUCGUUUUUGAGUGACAAGCCAUCUAAUCUGCAGAUUACUCCUAACCAGGACAAUGCUGUGGUGUUGACGUAUUCUGUAGCUUGGGUGGCCAGUGAGAUUGUCUGGGCUUCACGAUGGGACACAUAUUUAGCCAUGAGUGAUGUUCAGAUCCAUUGGUUUGCUAUAGUCAACUCUGUAGUGAUUGUCCUGUUUUUGUCUGGUAUUGUCUCCAUGAUAAUGAUAAGGACAUUACGACGUGACAUUGCUCGUUAUAACAAGGAAGAGGAAAUGGUUAGUUAUUUCAAAGGCUCAUCAUUGAUGAAAGCAUUUUUUAUCAUAACAGUGAACUUUGUUUUUGCUGGAUAUUUUGCUGCUCGACUCUACAAGACAUGCAAGGGCCAGAACUGGAAGAAAUCUGCAGUACUGACGGCUGCUUUGUAUCCUGGAGUUGUUUCUGCAGUCUGUUUCAUUCUGAACUUCUUUAUCUGGGGACAGCAUUCUUCUGGAGCAGUUCCCUUUACAACCAUGCUUGCUCUUCUCUGUCUGUGGCUGGGAAUUUCAGUUCCUCUUGUUUUCAUUGGAUACUACUUUGGAUACAGAAAACAUCCAUAUGAACACCCUGUGAGAACAAACCAAAUUCCUAGGCAAGUUCCCGAUCAGGCCUGGUACAUGAGUCCCUUGCCAAGCAACCUGAUGGCUGGAAUUCUCCCCUUUGGUGCUGUCUUUAUUGAGCUCUUCUUUAUUUUAUCUGCAAUCUGGGAAAAUCAGUUCUACUAUCUCUUUGGUUUCUUGUUUCUGGUGUUCCUGAUCCUUGCCAGCUGUGUGUCACAGAUAUCUAUAGUGAUGAUUUACUUCCAGUUAUGUGCUGAGGACUACCACUGGUGGUGGAGAUCAUUCUUCAUGUCUGGUUCAUGCUCCAUCUAUGUGUUCUUUUAUGCAGUAUUCUAUUUUGUUACAAAACUUGACAUCCAAGAUUUUGUCCCAGGUCUUUUGUAUUUUGGCUACACAUUUAUCAUGGUGUUGUCCUUCUGGUUGCUGACAGGAACAGUUGGAUUUUAUGCCACAUACCUGUUCAUCAGGCACAUUUAUGCAGCUGUGAAAAUUGAUUGAGGUGGAGCACCAUGCAAAGAACCAAUUUAUAGUAACACUUAAACAGCAACUAGGGGAGAGAAUUGGUAGCAAUGGACUAGUUUUAGUCCUAUGUACAUGCAUACGGUGACACCAUGCUUUUAAGAUAUCAACUGUCUCUUUUAGUAAUGAACAAUUUUGCUGAAUUUGAAUGUUCAACAUUCUUCAUUGGAAAUUUGUUUUGUCUAAAUGUGCUGGUGGAAUAAUUUACUGUACACCAUUUAAUUUGUUGAUUUCAAUUAGAACAUUUACCUUGUGUUUAACGAUGAGAAAAUGAUUUUUUAACAGAACAUUCCUUUUAUGUAAGUUUUCAGGCAGGAUUUGCUUGAAGUAAUUCUUAACAACUUAUCAUUCAUCCUUUAAACCCUGUUACCCUUUCACUCCUAGCAGGGACCAAGAUAUACUUUCUCCUUACAUUAUCAAUACAAUAUCAAGCAGACAAGUGAUGAGAAUAUUGAAAAAUAUCAAUUGGGGGAUCAUCACAUGAUCCAAUAGUAAAUUCUCAGAACAAGAAGUAUAAGCAAUGUAUGGCAGAUAGUAUGGAGAAUGACUAAAGAGAUCUUGGUCGUAAAGGGUUGAGUGACCAGCAUCUAAUUUCUCCUUACAGUAUCACUUCUCAGUCUAACAGUAAGGUCAUGAAAAAAAAGGAAAUGGUUAUCAACUAUGAAAGCCCUUGAUUGAUAAACAAAUUCUCUAUGUUAGUAAUGCAAGAAGUGUAUAGAGAACAGUAUAGAGAAGAUGGAUAUUGAUGUCUUGUCAGUACCAUGAGAAAAGAGAACAGUAUGGAGGAUAUGCAUAUUGAUGCCAGGGUGUAAAGGGUCAUGAAUAAUUAAAAGAGUUAUUGUUAUUUAUCUUUGGAAUGGUUUGUAUCACUUAAUUAGGUUGCAAUAACAAAAUGUUGAGCCAGAUGUAAAUUAAAGCUGUCUGAUAUGUA